CCCAAUUCAAUCCCCCAUCUCAAUUCCCCCCAUUCUCCUACUGUCUCUUUCUUUCUCCUUUCCCCGCUGUCCCCCUUCUGCUGAUCUUUGUGGAAGGCCAGCUUCUCUUUAUCUACUCUUCUACGGACCACAUCCGUCAAUUGCCUUCUACCCAACCAACACCUUUCGCCCGCGACCUGAUAGUAAGGGGGAGUGCGUGUACUCCACAUCAUCCGUCAUGGCUUCCCAAACUCCGGCCGUUGUCAUGGACAACGGAACUGGUUACUCCAAGCUUGGUUUCGCCGGUAACGACUCGCCAUCCUUCGUCUUUCCCACCGCAAUUGCUACCAAGGCGGGCGCCGGAAGUGCUGCAGGUUCCGCCCCCGGCCGACCUCCCGUCGCGAACAAGCCAUCUUUCCUGGCCGGUGGUGGUGGUGGGGCAAGCUCGCACUUGUCCACGAAGCGUGGUACGGAGGACCUGGACUACUUCAUUGGCGACGAGGCGCUGGCAGCCGCCAACGGCCCCGGUUAUGCGAUCAACUACCCCAUCCGUCAUGGUCAGAUUGAGAACUGGGACCACAUGGAGCGGUUCUGGUCCAAUUCCAUCUUCAAGUACCUGCGCGUGGAGCCGGAGGACCACUACUUCCUCCUCACCGAACCCCCCUUGAACCCCCCCGAAAACCGUGAGAACACCGCCGAGAUCAUGUUCGAGUCGUUCAACUGCGCCGGUCUCUACAUCGCCGUCCAAGCCGUGCUGGCUCUCGCUGCCUCCUGGACCUCGUCGAAGGUCACCGAUCGAUCGCUCACCGGAACCGUCAUCGACUCGGGCGAUGGUGUCACGCAUGUCAUCCCCGUCGCAGAGGGCUACGUCAUUGGGUCCUCGAUCAAGAGCAUCCCCAUCGCCGGUCGCGAUAUCACCUACUUCGUCCAGAGUCUGCUCCGUGACCGUGGUGAGCCAGACAGCAGCCUGAAGACCGCCGAGAAGGUCAAGGAGGAAUACUGCUACGUGUGCCCGGACAUUGUGAAGGAGUUCGCGCGCUACGACCGGGAGCCCGACCGCUUCCUCAAACACACCGUGACCGCCCCCAACGGCCGGAGCGUGAGCAUCGACGUCGGCUACGAGCGCUUCCUGGCCCCCGAGAUCUUCUUCAACCCGGAAAUCUACUCCUCCGACUUCCUGACGCCCUUGCCCAACGUCGUCGACGGCGUGAUCCAGUCCUCCCCCAUCGACGUCCGGCGAGGCCUCUACAAGAACAUCGUCCUGUCCGGUGGAUCCACCCUGUACAAGGACUUCGGCCGCCGUCUACAGCGGGACAUCCGGCACCUGGUCGACGCGCGCAUCCGCGCCUCGGAGGCCCGCAGCGGCGGCGCGCGGAGCGGUGGCCUGGACGUGGCGGUCGUCACGCACAAGCGACAGCGCCACGGCCCGUGGUUCGGCGGUAGCUUGCUGGGCCAGACGCCCGAAUUCCGCAGCUACUGCCACACCAAGGCCGAGUACGACGAGAUCGGCCCCAGUAUCGUCCGUCGGUUUGCGCUCCUGGGUGGGCCCGGCAGUGCAUAGAUGGGUUUGCGGUUCUGUCUCUCUCUGUGUGAUUGGCGUGUGAGAUAUCGUGUUCUUUGUUCCAUUUUGUCCAUAGUCUUUUCUUCUUCAUGAUUGUGAAACAAAACAAAAGGCUUCUAUUAGUAAACCGGGCUGGAGAAAGCUGUUCUCGACACACAAAACACAGACACACAUGAACUUCGAUUGCAUGGCUGUCGGCCCAUUCACUCCAGCAAUCAAUGUAUAUAGCAUGGAUGUAAAAUGUAGAUGCAUUUCAGAAC